CUCGAGCCUUUCCUUUUCGACUGUCCAUCGGAGAAUCGGAGCUCUGCGGCGCUGCUGCUCUUCCGAUACGCACCUCGUGUCGUUCAAUUCUGCGAGUUUUCUCGCUGUUCCCCGCAUCCCGUAAACAUGACCAAGCGUACCAAGAAGGCCGGAAUCGUCGGCAAAUACGGUACCAGGUAUGGUGCGAGUUUGAGGAAGCAGAUUAAGAAGAUGGAGGUUAGCCAGCACUCCAAGUAUUUCUGCGAGUUUUGUGGCAAGUUUGCCGUGAAGAGAAAGGCAGUUGGUAUCUGGAAUUGUAAGGAUUGUGGAAAGGUGAAGGCUGGAGGAGCUUACACUUUGAAUACCGCCUCUGCUGUUACGGUACGCAGUACCAUCAGGAGGCUGAGGGAGCAAACCGAGAACUAGAGUGGACAAAGGGCAGGAGUUAUGCAUGUAUGAACCAGUUCCAUUUGCCUUCAGGCGUCCUGAAGGAAAAGUUUUGUUAAAACAAUUUGUAGGACAGUAAUUUGUCAUUAGAAGCUCCUAUCUAGAGAGCAGAUGGGAUGUAAUUAAUGGAAGCUACCGGUCGAAAAAGUUGUUUUUGUCCCAGGGCUAUCGCAUUAUAAAACUUGAGAGGCCGACGGCGUACAUCAUGAGCUUGACGGUACUAAACGACUUCGUUGUGUGAACUUAUCAUUAGCAAGAAAUUUUUUUCUCGGUACUUGUUGAGAUUGAAUUGUGGAACUCCGAUUAUUAACU